AUGGUCCUGAUGAGAAUGAUGCUGUCGCUGUUCCUCUGCCUGCUGCUGGCGUCCGUCGGCUCGGGCUGCGGACCGGGCAGAGGAUACGGGAAGCGGAGGCCCCCCAAAAAGCUGACACCGCUGGCUCUGAAACAAUUCAUACCCAACGUGGCGGAGAAAACCCUGGGAGCCAGCGGCAAGUAUGAAGGCAAGAUCAGCCGCAACUCGGAGAGGUUCAAAGACCUGACUCCCAACUACAACCCCGAUAUCAUUUUUAAAGAUGAGGAGAACACGAACGCAGACCGGCUCAUGACACAAAGGUGUAAGGACAAACUGAACUCUUUGGCUAUUUCCGUCAUGAAUCAGUGGCCCGGGGUGAAACUCCGGGUCACAGAGGGCUGGGAUGAGGAUGGCCAUCACUCUGAGGAGUCUCUGCACUACGAGGGCCGAGCAGUGGAUAUUACCACCUCAGACCGGGAUAAGAACAAGUAUGGCAUGCUGUCCAGGCUGGCUGUGGAGGCUGGCUUUGACUGGGUUUACUAUGAGUCCAAAGCCCACAUCCACUGCUCUGUGAAAGCAGAAAAUUCUGUGGCAGCUAAGUCUGGAGGUUGUUUUCCGGGUUCUGCUAUGGUGAUUCUGGCAGAUGGAAGGAGUAAACCACUGAAGGAGCUCCAGGUGGGGGACAGGGUGUUAGCUGCUGACCAACAAGGAAAUCUCCUUCCCAGUGACUUUCUGAUGUUCAUGGACCAGGACCGACAGAUUAAACGACAAUUCCACGUCAUAGUGACCGAGGAGCCGCACCGUAAACUGACGCUGACUCCUGCUCAUCUCGUCUUUGUUCUGAACAACAACAGCACUGACAGAGGUGACACCAGGGCCGUGUUUGCCAGUAAUGUAAAACCAGGACAGCGGCUUCUGGUUGUCGGGAACGACCGACCCGGCCACCUGAUCCCCUCAACAGUGAGACAAGUUUAUGUGGAGCAGCAUGAAGGCUCCUACGCACCUGUAACAUCUCAUGGAACCAUCAUAGUGGACCAGGUGUUGGCCUCCUGUUAUGCAGUUAUUGAGGAUCAUCAGCUUGCACACUGGGUAUUCGCUCCAGUACGACUUUGGCGUGCUUUCUCGUCACUGGUUGGAAUGGUGAAAGAGCUCAGCAGUGUGCACCAAGCUGACGGUGUCCACUGGUACCCGGAGCUCCUCUACCACGUGGGAAGUCAGCUUCUGGACAGCGGUUCUUUUCACCCACAAAGCUGA